AUCAAGUGUACGGUGUAAACUAAUAAUAAAGCCAUUAUGGAUGUGAUUGGCAGUAGUUAUGAUAACGGCAUAGAAUAUUUCAAUCGUACAUCGCCCAUUUUCAAAAUAGAUCCAGAUUUUCUAACGCAAUGGAAACUGAAGAAGAAACAAGCAGAAGUGUGCAAAGCACUACUGAAAGGCCUCAAAUAUCAUCCGCUGUGUCAACGAAUUCUUGACAUGCCGUCAUACCAUCCGUUUCGUGAUGCCACGUCGUCGGACAACACAGACUUGCUGGACCUCAAUAAUCUCGAUAUUUUGAACAGCUUUAACAUAAGUCGCUUCAACUUUGGCAAUGAAACAGACACGAAUGGCACGUCACUCGCGACAGAUUCCACGGAAAAUGGGCCUAUGAAGGUUUUGCCGCCGUUCGAGUUGUGGCAAACGAUUGCCAUUGCCAUUUGUUUGGCGUUGUGCAUAAUUUUGACAGUUGGCGGUAAUAUAUUGGUGCUGCUGGCGUUUAUUGUUGAUCGGAGUAUACGGCAACCGAGUAAUUAUUUUAUCGCGUCGCUGGCAUGCACGGAUAUGUUGAUAGGAACGGUUUCGAUGCCUUUCUACACGGUAUACGUUCUAAUGGGGUAUUGGGAUUUAGGUCCAUUACUGUGUGAUUUAUGGCUAUCAGUUGAUUAUACGGUCUGCUUAGUCUCGCAAUACACGGUGCUCUUAAUUACCAUCGAUAGAUUUUGCUCGGUGAAAAUUGCAGCGAAAUAUCGGAGUUGGCGAACGAAAAACAAGGUUUUGUGGAUGGUUUCCGUGACAUGGGUCAUUCCGGCACUCUUGUUCUUCAUCUCCAUCUUUGGAUGGGAACACUUUGUCGGUUAUCGCGAUUUGCUGCCCGGUCAAUGUGCUGUGCAAUUCCUAAAAGAUCCCGUUUUCAAUACUGCCUUAAUUAUAGGUUAUUACUGGACAACGUUAGUUGUUCUCUUUAUUUUAUAUGGCGGCAUCUACAAAACCGCCUACGAGAUGCAGAAAAAGAGCGAAGCAAAGCAACGCAAAAUGCAGUCGAUGGUAGCUCUGAGUUCGGCAAUGACAGGCAUGGCAGGUCGUACCGCAGGCAUCAACAUUGAGAAGAACGAGCUGAGUAGUCAUUCGAACUUGACAAUCGCUUUGCCGAGCAUAGCGCCUCUCAUGCCGGGCAACGUUACGAAAAGCAAUCAACUGGGGAGUAACGAAGCGGAAGUGAGAAAACUUUCCGUGGGAAAGGCUCAAGAGGAUCAAGAAAAGACGACGGAAGAGAAGAAGGCUGAAGGUGAAAAGAGUGAACGAUCGAGUAGUCCGGCAUUUGAUUCGGAUGAAGAUAGUUCGGCGCCGCCUAAUCCGAAUAAUACGGCGAAAUCGUCGAAUGUUACGGCGAGUAUCGUUAGUGCGAUGAUGAAAAAGAGAUCGUCUAUUGCAGGAUUAUUGGUUGGUCCAAGUUUCGGAAAUCGUGCCAACGGUAACGUCAAGUCACCCAUGCGAGAAACCGCACCAAACACGAAGCGCUUCUCAACCCCCAUCACGCCCGUCGCCGAGCCAAUGCCCAACAUCCAAGAGCUAAGUUGCAUUCUCGACACCGACCCAAGCAGUCACGAAAGUCAAAUUCAAAAGUCUCCGCUGAAGCCAACGCCCGUUCAAUCGCCCAUUUCGCCGCAAGACAUUGAACCAGUUGUCGUGCCACGCAGCGAGCGUCAACCCCAAUUAGCCAGUACUGUGCUUCCGCCGCCCGCCGGUUACAGUCCCAUGUUGUCAGAACGCUCCGAAACGCCUUCGUUGACGAACCGCACCUCAAGUCGCCCAAGCAGCGUGAUCAGUCAAGGGGAUUCGUGUCUCACGAACGACGUUUUGUAUCGCAUGGAUGGCGCCGAUUUGCGUUUCAUGGAUGAAAGUUCGAUUGCGGUUUCAUCGCCGACCUUUGAAAGUCCUCCUGGGGUAUUGCCGGAACACAAAAGAAUCGCAUCGCCCGCUUCCCAAUCAGCUCAAGGCAUUGCCAAUCCGUCGUUGCUGCAAAAAGCGCUGAUCCAGGCGACAAAAACGCAGCAACCAAAAGUGCUUCUGAAAUCGUUGGAUUUAUUGCCGAAUUCGCCGCCACGCGAACUCCUCAUCGCCGGCAGCUACAACGAGGACACGGAUGACGAAAAUAUGCCGACAAAGUACGACAUGACGGUAAGUGUCUCGGAAAAGCCCGACAGACCCGUGACAACAAUUGUCGACGUUAACAAGCCACAAACGUCAAAUUUGGACGAAGCUUUGGACAAAAUGCCCGGCAACAACAACAACAAUAACAGCAUCAACCCGAAUGGCGCAACGCAAUUUACGCCCAUUUCCCAAACAUCGACGAGCGGAAAUACCGCGACGACAGUCAGCACGAGCAUUGAACUCAACAAGAAACCGACAACGGUGACAAUUUCGACGACGACAGUUCACGACAACCAAAUUACGAAAGAUAUUCCGCCGGGCACCGUUGUUCUGACAAAUGCCUCGGCAUCUACGACGACCGAGGGAAAGCGGAAACGCGAUUUUAUCCGAUCGAUUGGCAAAAGACUGAAAGCGAAGAAAAAAGCUGUGCCGCUGCUCGGGAUUGGGCGACAAAAAUCCAAGUCGGAAAAUCGCGCGAGGAAGGCGUUUCGAACGAUUUCCUUUAUUUUGGGAGCUUUUGUGGCUUGCUGGACCCCAUAUCACAUUUUGGCACUCGUCGAAGGCUUUUGCAGCAAUCCGCCGUGCACAAAUGAACAUCUCUACAUGUUCUCGUACUUCCUCUGUUACGCCAAUAGUCCUAUGAAUCCCUUUUGUUACGCGAUGGCGAAUCAGCAGUUUAAGAAAACUUUCACGAGAAUUCUUAAAGGGGACUUUCACAUGACCUAA